UCCAAACCACUCAAGCAUACUGAGCUCAACAGAAACCAGAGACACAUGGUGAAAAAAUCUUUCAUUUCUGUCUUUUAAUUCUUUCAAAAAAAUAAAAUUCAUUUCUCUCCUAUCCACCAGCUGGUGACCAGUUAACAAUGGAAACCAUUCUCUCUUCUCACUCUCUCUCUCCGAUCCUGAAUCCAAAAGCAUCCACUUCUAAGAGCCUUUUGUCACCUUCAAUUCAACCAAGAUCAGCUUCUCUCCCUCUCUCAAAACCCUUUACUUGUGCCCUCAAGAAACAAACUUCUCAAUCACUAAAACCAUCUUUGGCAGAACCCAAAACUUGGUUUGUUCAUGCACAGCGGGGACUAGCGGCUCUAGCUAUCUCUUUAGCACUCAAUUUUUCUCCAGUCUUGCACACUGGCAAUGCAUGGGCAUCAGAAUUUGAUGUAAUCAAUGAAGGGCCACCCAAGGACUCCUAUGUGUUUGAUGAUGCUAAUGUGCUUAGUAGAGUGACAAAAUCUGAUUUGAGGCAGCUUUUAUCUGAUUUGGAGUCAAGGAAGACCUUCCACAUUAACUUUGUUACUGUUAGAAAGCUCACAAGCAAAGCUGAUGCUUUUGAGUAUGCUGACCAAGUUUUGGAGCGUUGGUAUCCCACACUUGAAGAGGGUAACAAUAAAGGUAUUGUUGUGCUUGUUACAAGUCAAAAAGAAGGGGCAGUCACAGGGGGACCUGCAUUUAUUGAAGCUGUUGGAGAAAAAAUUCUGGAUGCUACUGUAUCAGAAAACCUUCCUGUUUUGGCCACGGAUGAGAAGUACAACGAAGCAAUUUACAGCAGUGCCAAAAGGCUAGUUGCUGCCAUUGAUGGGCUCCCAGAUCCUGGUGGCCCCAAGUUUAAGGAAAAUAAGAGGGAGUCCAAUUUCAAAUCCAGGGAAGAGACAGAAGAGAAACGAGGACAGUUCAGUCUCGUGGUUGGAGGUUUGUUGGUGAUUGCUUUUGUUGUUCCCAUGGCACAAUACUAUGCUUAUGUCUCCAAGAAGUAAAAGCAUAAUCUAUAUUAUAGGAUUUGUGAUUUGUCUUUCAAAUCCCCUUUAUACGAUCCAUCAUGUUAAAAGAUGGUUGACGAGAACCUUGCAAUCCAAGAAACUAGUACAGAUUUUUGGUUCUCAUUCGGAAAACCAAAACUGGAAUGAUGUUUAGUCUAAGGUUGUAUACUUAGUUGGUGCUCGGAAGAAGUUGUAUUAUAGCACAUGAUCUACUUCUAUGAUCUGCAUAAAUUGAAAUUCUUAGGAUCACAGAUCAAACGAAGCAAGUAAGCUCGUACUAUACAGAGAGAGCUGUCGAACGUUUCGUUUAUGAAUGAACAAUUUGAACUGCA